GUUGGCUCCUGGCGAGUGCAGAAGCAGGACCAGAAGGACUGAGCUAAGGAAGCUGGGUGGGGGCGGGAGGGAGGUGCCACCAGGCACCCAAGGGUGGUCUUGUCCACCUACCCAGCCAUGGAAGGGCCGUGUCGCUUGCUGCUGCUGCUGCUCUUGGGGGUGUCCAUGGGGGAAGUGAAGGAGGAUUGUGCCACCAACCUGUAUACCGAGAGUGGUGAAUGCUGUCGAGCAUGCAACCUGGGCGAGGGUGUGGCCCAGCCCUGUGGGGUCAACCAGACUGUCUGUGAGCCUUGCCUAGACAGUGUGACUUUCUCAGACACAAUCAGUGCCACGGAAGCCUGCAAGCCAUGCACCGAAUGCGUAGGGCUGCAGAGCAUGUCGGCGCCUUGCGUGGAGGCUGACGAUGCUGUGUGCCGCUGUGCUUACGGAUACUACCAAGAUGAAGAUUCAGGGCUCUGCAAGCCUUGCAGUGUGUGCGAGCCAGGUUCUGGUCUAGUCUUCUCCUGCCAAGAUAAGCAGAACACUGUCUGCGAGGUGUGUCCUGAGGGUACCUACUCAGAUGAGGCUAACCACGUGGACCCCUGCCUACCCUGCACAGCCUGCGAAGAGACGGAACGAGAGACCCGGGAAUGUACCCGAUGGUCAGACAGGGAGUGUGAGGAGAUCCCAGCCCGCUGGACAACCCGGACCACACCUUUGCUGGGCUCUGACAGCCCACCCCCAAUCACCCAGGAGCCUCAUGAGCCCCCAGAGCCUGAAACCGAGGCCAGCACGGUGGCUGAUGUGGUGACCACGGUGAUGGGCAGCUCCCAACCUGUAGUGACCCGAGGUACCACUGACAAUCUCAUCCCUGUCUACUGUUCCAUCCUGGCCGCCGUGGUUGUGGGUCUGCUGGCCUACAUCGUCUUCAAGAGAUGGAACAGCUGUAAGCAGAAUAAGCAAGGUGCCAACAAUCGGCCUGUGAACCAGACACCGUCGCCAGAGGGGGAGAAGCUACAUAGUGACAGUGGCAUCUCUGUGGACAGCCAGAGUCUCCAUGACCAGCAGCCCCAGACUCAGACAGCUCAAGUCCAAGCUCUCAAGGGGGAUGGAGGUCUCUACAGCAGCCUCCCACCAGCCAAACGGGAAGAAGUGGAAAAGUUGCUUAACAGCUCAUCGGGAGACACCUGGCGACACCUGGCCGGGGAGCUGGGCUACUUGCCCGAGCAUAUAGACUCCCUCACCCGAGAGGACUGCCCUGUCAGGGCUCUGCUCGACAGCUGGGCUGCCCAGGACAGCGCCACCCUGGAUGCCCUCUACGCUGCCCUGCGCCGGAUCCAGAGGGGAGACAUUGUGGAAAACCUCUAUAGCGAGUCCACUGCCACCUCCCCCGUUUGAGCAGGCAUUGGGGCUCCCCUCCCUCCCCUCAACCCCUUACCCUCAGCAUCCCACAGGGCAGAGCCCUUCAGAUGUGAAGGAAACUGGAGAGGGAGGAGAGACUUCCUUCUACCCGAAGGGACAUUCGCCCUCUUGGCUAAUGGUUACCCACUGGGGUGUCUCCUUCUCACUCCCUCAGCAGGUCCUCAGAUCCUCUUUCAGAUUGUCAGACGCUCGAGCCAAAUCCCCAAUAAGCUCCCCUGGAGAGCAAACCCCCUUCUCUCCAGGGGGUAGAGGUCAAAGGUCAGGGAGUGGGCUUCCCGUUCUUUUCCUCACUUUCCCUUUCUUGACCAUCCUGAUUUCCAUCUGUGAUAGCAGCCCCUCUACCCUCACCUUCCCCUUUUUCAUGUGGCUCCCUGAUCCCUACCCCUCCCUCCUGCCUUCUGGUUAUGGAGAAGGGGCUUGGGGUGGAGGGUAAGGAGAAAAGACAUUCUCUUCCCCCCACGACCACAAGUUCAGUGACAGAAAGGGGACUUGGUAAGAGGCAGGAAGGUAUGGUCAUAUGCACUUGACACUGUGAAACCUGGGAGUGAAAAACUGUCUUCUAAUGAACUUUUAAUCCUAACUGCUCUAUUCCUACUCUGCCCUUCUGGUCAGUCCCAGGCAGUGAAAAAUGACAGAAUCUUAUAUGGACAGACUUGGCAGGGACCUAAGCAACCACCUAGUUCCUCUCCUUUUACAGGACACUGAGGCCCAGAGAGGGGGGAAUGACUUGUUCAAGGUCACACAAACACCCAUAAGUGAUGAUGGAUUCUUCUCCCUUAUAGGAAAGUAGGAAAGAGGAAAACAGGGAAGUUUCCCUUGCAGGCACAGGCUCACCCCUACCCCAGACUUCCAGGUGUCCCUACUCCUUUGCCGAAGGGACCAGGGUCAUAAGACAGGACUGUUUUGAUUAAUAUGUGAUGGAGUAAUCCUGCUGACGGCUACUACCCUUGCUGGGGCCCCCCACCAUCCUAUCACACACACACACACACACACACACACACACACACACACACACACAUUUCUCUUCAACAACCAUUUUUUGUCUCUUGGGCUAGGUCAGGAUCCUGUCUCGGGAAGCUGCCAGAGAAGAUUCUGAGGGAAUUUGGAAUCUGUCCUCCCUCUUUAUUUUCUUCACCCUGGGUUUGGCGACUCCAGCCCUGAACCAAGCCAGUGAUCCCUCCCUCCCAAUACCCCAUUCCCUUCAGAUCAGGAGAACAGAGGCAGGCUGGUCAUACAGUAAUGCCUUUUUCUCCACCCCCACCCUCCCACUCCUAGGCACCUUGGGAGGGGCAGAGACUUACUUUCUCUGUGGUUGCAAGCCCAGUUAGGUAGGGAUGAAGGAUGAAGGCUGAUCAGAUCUUGGCUGGGGACAGGGCAGGAGAGGAUGAGUUUGAGGGGUGAACUUCAGGAUCAGAGAAGCAGGACAGCAGGAGGAUUAGAUUGUGCUCAGCAGAAGAUCUCUCCCGGGUAUUGGGGACCUGGAAGGGACUCCUCUUCCAUCAUGGCCAUCAGGCAGAUGAAGGACAGAGGGGAAUGAUCCUCAUUUUUAUCAGUGGAAUUUCUACUACCCUCUGUUCCUGUCCCGAUUUCCUCAGGCCUGGAAAAGUGAUGUUGCAAUAACUGUGAUCCUCAUUCUACUUGUCCUGGAGUAAAGAAGAGAUCCCAGGCCCUGGGAAAGGCCUGUUGAGUGCCCUUUCCUUUUGGCUUGGGAGAGGGCCCUCCAGGCCCUGUGUAAGAAAGCAAGGAUUUUUUUUUUUUUUUGGCAUGGAGGCAGGGUGGGAUCAUGAAAGAAACUGUGGAAACCCGGAAACUGUAUAUAAUGCCAUCUCUUUGACUUGGUUCUGUCUGGGGGAAUGAGAGGCUUGUCCUUCUGGUCA